AUGGCUGCUGGGGAGCCGGGAGACUUGGGCGGCUACUACUUCAGGUUCCUGCCUCAGAAGACCUUCCAGUUUCUGAGCGCUCAGGAGACCACCAGCCGGCUCCGCCAGUGGUCCAUGCUGGGACGAAUCAAGGCGCAGGCGUUCGGGUUUGACGAGACCUUUCGGGCCUAUCGGAAGGAUGAUUUCGUUAUGGCUUUUUUCAAAGACCCAAAUGUUAUUCCCAAUUUGAAGUUACUUUCAGAUUCUUCUGGACAGUGGAUUACAUUAGGAACCGAAGUGAAAAAAAUUGAAGCUAUAAAUGUUCCUUGCACACAGCUGUCAAUGUCAUUUUUUAAUCGGUUAUAUGGUGAAGAUAUUGUACGAGACAAUGGACACAUUGUUAAGUGUUUAGAUUCUUUUUGUGAUCCAUUUCUCAUUUCUGAUGAGUUACGAAAAGUUUUACUAGUAGAAGAUUCAGAAAAAUAUGAAGUAUUCAGCCAACCGGAUAGAGAAGAGUUCCUGUUUUGUCUUUUCAAACAUCUCUGCCUAGGUGGAGCCCUUUGUCAAUAUGAAGACAUGCUCAAUCCAUAUCUAGAAACAACGAAGCUUAUUUAUAAGGAUCUGGUGAGUGUUCGAAAGGAUCCACAGACCAAGAAAAUACAAAUUACCUCUUCCGUCUUUAAAGUAACAGCCUAUGAUUCUACUGGUAUGUGCUACCCUUCAACAAAGAAUCAUGAACAGACAUUUUCUUACUUUAUUGUGGAUCCUAUCAGGCGUCAUGUUCAUGUUUUAUACCACUGUUAUGGUGUGGGGGAAAUGUCUUAAUGCUUUUACAGGUUACCUAUAUCUACUAUUUUUUAUAUGUCAUUUUUCUAUUUUAAUACUAAUUUAUAGUUAAUAU